GCGCUUGGUUUCUGCUAGAUACCCAGAUGUCGCCACCUGUCGGCUGCAAUGAUUUUGCUUUUUUAACAUUUGAUAACAAACUCAACAAGACAAUGGCCAAAUAGUUAAUGAGUCACCCGUUAUCAGUGCCAAUAAAGCUACAUAAAGUCUCAAAGAAGUGUUUUUCUCAUAACUAAGUAAUUUCAAAAUAAAUGCACUUGGGUAAUCAACAGCUGUUAGCGCUAAAUAUCUGUAGUCAAAUCAUACGCAGCUGCUUCAAAAUAUUGUCAUUGCUUCGUGCGGCGGCGAGCGCGGCAAGGCCCUAAAACACAGCGCGCAAGGCCCUAAACUUGACCCUAAUUACAUAGCGUGGAGAGUGCGAGGGGUCCAUAGAGAGUGGUCCGUGUUGGACGCAAGAGCCAAGCUGCUACGCGCCCUAACCCAGAACAACAACGAGAGUGGGCAAGGAGGUACAUACAUACCAAACUUAUUCCUUCCUUUGACGGGCUGCUAGGAGUGAUGGCUUCCAGUAGUGCUGCAAAGGACACAGAGGCAGCUCUCGGUCCAGUUGAAGAAAGGAUCUUGGAGCUAUGUCGAACAUAUCCAAAGGGAAUCUCAGACAAGAUCAUCCAGAAUGACAACCCGGAGCUGGAGCAGAAGGAGCGUGUUCAAGCAGUCAACAACCUGCUGGCAGCGGGCCAUAUCGACCUGUUUAAGCAGGGUUCCGAGCUCAUCUACCGAUUGAAGGGCACCAGUCGAGCACGGGGCGGCGACGCCGAGGAAAAGAUUGUUUAUGGCAUCAUAGAGGAGGCCGGCAACAAAGGAAUAUGGAUCCGCGACAUUCGCUUCAAAUCAAACCUUGGCAUGACCCAGCUGAACAAACUGCUGAAAACUAUGGAGGGAAAGAAGCUCAUCAAAUCAGUGACGUCUGUUGCGGCGUCCCGCAAGAAGGUCUACAUGCUGUACGACAUCGAGCCGGACCAGUCGGUGACGGGCGGCGCGUGGUACUCGGACCAGGACUUUGAGUCCGAGUUCGUGGAGGUGCUCAACCAGCAGUGCUACAAGUUCCUGCAGCAGCGCGCUGAACAGGCGGCGGCCAGCUCGGACGGCCCGAUGGCCGUGAGGAACCUCUCCUGCGCCUCGUCCAAGGAGAUCGCCCAGUACAUCUCCGAGCUGGGCAUCAGCAAGGUGAAUUUAUCCGUGCCCGACAUUGAGAAGAUCCUGGACACGCUCAUCUAUGACGGCAAGGUGGAGAGGCGACUGCAGGCGGGCGGCGGAGUCCAGGAGCAGCUGAAACUGUACCGCGCUACGCAGACACUGCUGCCACCUGUCGGCCUGGUCAAAACCCCGUGCGGCAUCUGCCCGGUGAUAGACCAGUGCUCCGACGUGGGCUCAGUCACUCCGAAACACUGUUUGUACCUCAAAGACUGGCUAGAAUAAAAUUUUUGUUUUGUA